GAGGGAGGGAGGAAGAGAGAGAGAGAAGGGAGAGAGAGAGGGGAUGGUGAGCGACUGAACAAGCAAUCUUGCAUUUUCGACUUGGAGGGCUUUCAUUUGGCUUAGAAGACACGCAUCCCGUCCAUUCUUUCUCCUGUCUUCGCGUCCUGGGUUCUUCCCUCCGUUCCUCUUGUUGGCUUUCUUUCGACUUUCUUUUGUUCAAUCGAUAUCCUCCGGUCUCUCUCUCCUUCCCUCUCUCACCCCUUCACUGUCCUUCCCACCGGGCCAGUCUACUGAUCCCGUAUUCCUCGUCUCUCUCUCCCCCCUGUCUCUCCCUGUCUCCCCCCUCUCGUUUAAUCGUUUAAGUUGUUGACCCACUGAACCCCCUCCUUUCCCAACCCCCCCCCCAAACCUCUCUCGAUCACAUGCAUGCCCAGAUACACACGCACAUGCACACACACACGCAUACACGUGCACACACGCACCGACACACAAACACAGAAAAAACACACACCGAGAGGACUCUUACUAUGGGAAACUGUGUCAAAUCUCCGCUUAAACAUUUCUCCAAAAAGGUAAGGUUUUUCUGUGUGCCGUUCCUGUGGACUGCCUGGAGCCCCCAGACUGUUGGCAAAUCCUUGUCCCCCCUCUCUUUCCUCAACCCCCCCCUCCCCCCUCUGCUCUCUCUGUUCCCUACAUGACUGGAGGCUAUUGGACCAGCCUGGACUGUGUUGGACUGGACUUGAAUUGGCGUACGGGGGGGUGAGUGUGCUAUGCUGGGACAGUCGGUGUAGUAUUGGAUAGUUUAGUGUCAAGUGGGAGCAGUUUGUGUAGCAUUAAAUUGUCUUGGAGUUGGUUGUCGUGUGGAAUUGAAAUUGGCAGAGCAGGGCAGGGUUAGUGAGUGGUGUUCUGGACUGUGCUGUGUUGCGGCGGGCGGGCAGCGCUCAUGAGAACCGACAGGCCAGCCCAGGAUCUGAGGCACUGGGCUCUUCCUCUCAACCCCAGUGAGGAGAGUUAGUCAACCAGCAUGGAAACCAGUCCCUGACUCGAGAUUAAAUAUCCUCAAAUCGAUUCAUGGUACAGCAUCAACCCUGUAUGUCAAAUGCUUUGCGUACCUCAGGUGAUAUCAGGCUGGGUUGUUUUUGUAGUGAUAUUACUCACUGUGAUUGGGUCGAGGUUCUGUGGGUGUUGAUAUCACUGUGAUUGGGUCGAGGCUCUUUGGGUGUUGAUAUCACUGUGAUUGGUUCGAGGCUCUUUGGGUGUUGAUAUCACUGUGAUUGGGUCGAGGCUCUGUGGGUGUCUGUGGGGGGUGAAGUGAGUCGUCUCUCUGCUUCUUCAGAGGCUCUCAACUCCUAGCGCUCCGUCAACAGCUCUAUCGUCGUUGUCGUCGUGGCGCCGGCUUGGUUGUGGAGUGCGUCCUCCACAUGAGUCACUCCGCCGAGCCCUCGCACCAGCACUUCACCUCUGAAGGGAGGCUGAGGACCAAAGCUGCCACCAGGUGGCGCUGUCCUGUGGUGCCCGGCACUGACACACGUGGAGGUCUGACUUGAUGAUCUACCCGUCAUGUAGGAGACGCUGUUGUUGUUAUUGUUGUUGAUAGAGCGAGCUACUGUAACACUUCAGAUCCAGGAGGGAGAGAGAGGGAAACAUGGCUGGACGUCGUUAGACCACCCAGUGUCUCACAAGUGUGCGUUGACAGACAUUCCGUUUCGACAUAAGAAAGACAAGAUGACAAACAAAAUGAGGCUCCUGUCCGCCAGUGCCAAAGUCCCACAAAUAGAUUCUCCACCUCUCCCCAGCAGCUGCUCCCUCACGAGCACGGACAAUAUGACGAGCAACUGUUGAAGCCAUCUGUCCAGCACACCCAUGCUCACGCGCUUGGCUGCUUCUCGUUUCCCCGACUCCCCCGUCCUAAGAUGGGGGUUUGUCCCGUGGUCCUGGUCAGCUGCACCAGAGGGGGGCGCCCGCUCCACGUUUGGGGGGCGCUGGACAUCAGCGGACCCUUUGAUGGCGUGGCAUCUCUUCCUGGAUCACGUGGCCGGAUUACCCAGCAGGCAUUGCUUUCCCGUGGCUGGUGCUGGCGCGUUAGCAGAUGGAGAGUGAAGGUCACGCGUUUUAGAGGGACCAGAAGAGAAGCUACAAAGCCGUGCAGGGCGAGGAGGGGGGCUCGGGGGGGGCCUACCACGAGCCCCUGGCCCAAAACGGGGCCCACAUGCACAACGUGCUGGGCCCUGCCUGCAUCUUCCUACGCAAGGGCUUCGCAGAUAACCGGCAGGCUGUACGACAGACAACUGCGACCAGAGGAGAUGGAUGAGCUGCGCGAGGCCUUUAGGGAGUUUGAUAAGGACAAGGACGGCUUCAUCGGCUGUAAGGACCUGGGGAACUGCAUGAGGACCAUGGGAUACAUGCCCACUGAGAUGGAGCUGAUUGAACUGAGUCAGCAGAUCAACAUGAACCUUGGAGGACAUGUAGACUUUGAGGACUUUGUGGAGCUGAUGGGGCCCAAACUUCUGGCUGAAACGGCAGACAUGAUUGGAGUGAAAGAGCUAAGGGAUGCUUUCAAAGAGUUUGACACCAACGGCGACGGUCAAAUUAGCACCGCCGAGCUCAGAGAAGCCAUGAAGAAACUUCUAGGCCAACAAGUUGGCCACAGAGAUCUGGAGGACAUCCUGCAGGAUAUUGACCUGAAUGGAGAUGGACAUGUUGACUUUGAAGAGUUUGUGCGGAUGAUGUCUCGCUGAGGGGGGAGGAUGUACGCGUCUCGGAACCGAACAUGCCCGCUCCCGACGAGAGAGGAGGGGCAGAGACGGCGGCGAGCCCAGACCUAUUGACCUCCGACCUCCGACCAAGAGGAAACACGACAUAUCAACCCUGCCCUGUCACUGCCACAUCUUGCAUCGAGAACAGGGGCCACUGGAUCCACGGUGGACCCCAUGUCCCCCGUGAUGAUAACGCUGCUGUCGCUGACGGCAACAGCGUCCCCGUGACGACAUGAUGCUGUAGUUGCUGACAACGCAACAGAUCAACGACACACGCCUCACACAUAUUAACCUUGUAUAUUUCAAAUAGCGCUGACACCAUUUGUACUGUGUGUGUUUACAGUAGGUAGUAAGAGCGAGGUGCUUUAUUGAGCUACUUCACUCUCGCCCAGUGCCACUGUCGGUCGUGGCAGUAGCAUAGUAAAUGAGACAUUUUUAGCACUUUUUACACAUAGUGUCUGGUCUUUAGCAUAAUGGACACCGUACAUACACUUUUAAAGUCAAUAGAUUAUUUAUUUGACCUUUUUUAAAUAUGAACUCUCUCUGUCUGUGUGUGUGUGUGUGGGUGAGUGUGUGUGCGCGUGUGUCAGUGUUUACAAGUCUUAAUGUCUUAAUCUACUAACUGUGAAGAGUUUAUGUCAAACCUAAGGCAUAUAGCCAGUUUGUCUCAGUUUGAUUUAAAUGUUGUCUAUUUGCACUAAUGCACUUCUUCGCAUUUAUAUCAUUAUCAACACAUUUCAAGCAAGAGUCUAUGAUGAGCGUACAAAGGAGAGGUUUCCUUGAACGAAGGGCAUCUAGGCUAUAGGAGAAUUGUAGACUCAUAGAUCAGAUGAAGAGAUAAAACAUGUACUUCUGAUUAAUGUAAUUCCUUGUUUUGCACAUUUUCCUGCAUGUAAACUAAGAAUACAUAUAUGAUUUUAGUGAAGUUACCAUCCACAUAGAAAGGAAUGGUGCACCAAUGAGGGAAAAAAAAACAGAACAUUUGCACCUGUGUGAGAGAUGUCUUAUGUGUCAGAGGGAUAGGCCUUCUGUGUUUAUUGAUGAUGUGUUUUACGUGUUUUUGUGUGUUCACUCUAAACUGUCUUAAUUGUACGUUAAUUUGUAUUUCAUGUGUGAUUCUAUGCAUGCCAAAAACUGAAUUACAUCCAUUUGUAGCAGGUGACUAGAUA